AUGGCGCUUUGGGACCCCGAGGCCGCUGGCAAUGCCGCGAUCUACCUUCGAUUGCCAAAUAUCCAGCUGAUUGAUAUCCGAAAUGCUCCAUUCGAGGGUAAAACCGCCGUCUGGGUUCCUUACUCCGACACUGGUUACACCAAGGGUAAAAAGCUCGGAGAAAAAGACGGUAAGAUCGAAGUCGAGCGAGAGCCUGACGGAAAAGUCAAGCUUUACAAGCCGGAAGAUGUCGAGCCCCAAAACCCUCCCAAGUACGAGCUCUUGGAAGAUAUGGCCAACAUGACUUACUUGUCUGAAGCUGCCGUCGUCCACAACUUGAACUCUCGAUACAAGCUGUUCCUCAUCUACACCUAUUCUGGUCUUUUCUGCGUCACCGUCAACCCUUACAAGUGGCUUCCCGUGUACGACAACCACGUUGUCCUCUGCUACUACAACAAGCGACGAACUGAGAUGCCUCCCCACGUCUACUCCGUUUCCGAUAACGCUUACCAAGAUAUGCUCCGAAACUGCGAGAACCAGUCUAUGCUUAUCACUGGUGAGUCCGGAGCUGGUAAGACUGUCAAUACGAAGCGAGUCAUCCAGUACUUCGCUGUCAACAAGGAUCCUCUCAACAACUCUCUCGUUGCUCUCUUCAAGAACUCUACCCUCGAAGUCUGCAAGAAGAUUUGGGAGUCUUACGUCUCCCCUGAUGAUGCACCAAAGGGUGGCGGAAAGAAGGGCGGUAAGCGACAGAAGGGUGGUUCCUUCCAGACCGUCUCUGCCCUCCACAGAGAGUCCCUCCUCCGAUUGAUGACUAAUCUCCACGCUACUCAGCCCCACUUCGUUCGAUGUAUUAUUCCUAACGAACAGAAGAAACCCGGUUUCAUGGACAACAACCUUGUCCUUCACCAGCUCCGAUGUAACGGUGUCUUGGAAGGUAUCCGUAUUUGCCGAAAGGGUUUCCCAUCCCGAGUCGAGUACGCUGACUGGAAACAGCGAUACUGUAUCCUCAACCCCAACGCUGUCCCCAAGGCUGGCUUCAUCGAUCCCAAGAAAGCUUGCGAAAAGAUCCUUACCGGUAUCACCCAGCUCGACCCUGCAGUGUACCGAUUCGGUCACACCAAGCUGUUUUUCAAGGCUGGUAUCAUUGGUGCUCUCGAGGAUCUUCGAGAUGAGCGAAUUGCUGAGAUUCUCACCAAGUUGCAGACUCGCAUGCGAUUCAACCUCUCUAGAGAGGCUUUCCUCAAGACCAUUAAGGAGCGAGAUGGUGCCGUCGUUAUUCAGUCCAACUGGAGAGCUUACAUCACCUUGAAGGAUUGGGAGUGGCAGAAACUCCUCUUCAAGAUCCGACCACUCCUCAACACUGCUGAGAAGAAGGCUGAGUUCGACGAGCUCCUCAAGGAGUACGAAGAGAUGAAGAAGGAACUCGAAGUCGAAUCUAAACGACGAAAGCAGCUCGAGCAGGAGUACUCCAAGUUUAUCCAGCUCAAGAACAAGCUUAUUUCCGAGUUCGCUGGCGAGACCGACGCCCUUCAAGAUGCUGAAGAUCGAUACGAAUCCCUCAUGAAGUCCAAGAUUGAUCUUGAUGGCAAGAUCAAAGAACUCAACGAGCGACUUGAAGAUGAAGAGGAAAUCAACGUCGACCUCCAGAACAAGCGACGAAAGCUUGACACUGAAUGCAAGGAGCUCCGAAAGGACAUUGAUGAUCUCGAAGGAACCCUUGCCAAGGUCGAAAAAGAGAAGGCCACCGUCGAGACCGAUGUUCGAACCAAGACUGACGAGCUUUCUGCUCUUGAAGAUACUAUUGCUAAGCUUCAGAAGGAGAAGAAAGCCCUCCAGGAAGCUCACCAGCAGGCUCUUGAUGAUCUCCAGGCCGAAGAAGACAAGGUUAACUCUCUUUCCAAAGCCAAGAACAAGCUCGAGCAGCAAGUUGAUGACCUAGAACAAUCCGUCGAGACUGAAAAGCGAUCUCGAUUGGAUCUUGAGCGAUUGAAGCGAAAGCUCGAGGGCGAUCUCCGACUCAACCAGGAAACCAUCAUGGAUCUUGAGAACGACAAGCAACGACUCGAGGAAAAACUUAAGAAGGCUGAAUUUGAAUACAACCAGCUUUCCACUCGAUUCGAAGAUGAGCAGGCUCUUGUUGCUCAGCUCCAGAAGAAGAUCAAGGAACUCAUGGCCCGAAUCGAGGAACUCGAGGAGGAGCUUGAGGCCGAACGAGCUGCCAAGGCCAAAUCUGAGAAGUCCCGAUCUGACCUUUCUCGAGAACUCGAGGAACUUUCCGAGCGACUUGAAGAGGCAAACGCUCAGACUCAGAGCCAAAUCGAAGUCAACAAGCGACGAGAAGCUGAGCUCGCCAAGCUCCAGCGAGAUCUUGAGGAGCACAACAUUGCCCACGAGUCGACUCUUUCUACCAUGCGAAAGAAACACGCUGAUUCUUCUUCUGAGCUCACUGAAACCAUUGACAAUCUUCAGCGAGUCAAGACUAAGCUCGAAAAAGAAAAGUCUGAGUUGAAGAUGGAGGCUGAUGAUCUCAUCUCCAACGUUGAGUCCCUCACUAAGGCAAAGACUACUUACGAGAAAUCUUGCCGACAGCUUGAAGAUCAGUACGCUGAUUUGAAGAUGAAGUUCGAAGAACAAGAAAAGAACAUCUCUGACUCUGCUGCCACUAAGGCUCGAUUGACUACUGAGUUCAAUGAGCUCCGACGAACCUUUGAGGAGAAAGAGCAGAUCAACUCUCAGCUCACUCGACAAAAGAACUCUGUCUCUCAGGCUAACGAUGAGCUCCGACGAUCUCUUGAUGAGGAAGUCAAGGGAAAGAAUGCUCUUGUCCACCAGGUCCAAGCUGCCAAGCACGACCACGAGCUCCUCCGAGAACAAUACGACGAAGAAGUCGAGGCCAAGAACGAGCUCCAGCGACAGCUUUCCAAGUCCAACUCUGAGUCCGCCCAGUGGCGAACCAAGUACGAGACUGAUGCCAUCCAGCGAACUGAGGAACUUGAGGAUGCUAAGAAAAAGCUCUCUGGUCGACUCUCCGAGGCUGAAGAGUCCGUCGAAGCUGCUCUUGCCAAGUGCUCUUCUCUUGAGAAAUCCAAGGGUCGACUCCAGUCUGAGAUCGAAGACUUGACCGUCGAACUUGAGCGAGCCAACGCCGCUGCUUCUGCUCUUGAGAAGAAACAGCGAUCAUUCGACAAGAUUCUCGAGGAGAACAAAGUUAAGCAGGAUGAGAUCAACGCUGAGCUUGAAAAGGCCCAGAAGGACUCCCGAGAAGCUUCAAACGAAGUUUUCAAGAUGCGAAACGCUUACGAAGAAGCCGUCGAUGCCCUCGAAUCUGCCAAGCGAGAGAACAAACAGGUCCAGGAAGAAAUCGCUGACCUUACCGACCAGGUCGCCGAAGGAGCCAAAUCCAUCUCCGAGCUCGAGAAAGCCAAGCGAAACAUCGAAGUUGAGCGAAACGAGCUCGCUGCUUCUCUUGAAGAAACUGAAGCUGCUGUCGAGUCUGAAGAAGCAAAGACUCUUCGAAUCACCGUCGAACUCCAGCAGAUCAAGAACGAGUCUGACCGACGACUUCAGGAGAAAGACGAAGAAAUGGACAACAACCGACGCAAUGCUAGCCGAACUGUUGAAUCUAUCCAGUCUCAGCUUGAUUCUGAGAUCCGAUCUCGAUCCGAGGCUGUUCGAAUCAAGAAGAAGCUCGAGGGAGAUAUCUCUGAUAUAGAGAUUCAACUCGCUCACGCUAACCGACAAUUGAACGAUGCUCAGCGACAGAACAAGGACAUCAUGGGCCAGAUCAAGGAUGCUCAGAUGGCUCUUGACGAGUCCGACCGAAUCUUCGACGAAGUCAAGGAGCAGACCGCUGUCACCGACCGACGAGUCAACCUUCUCCAGGCUGAGAUCGAUGAACUCCGAUCUGCUGUUGAGCAGGCCGAAAAAGGCCGAAAGGCUGCCGAGCAGGAGCUCAUGGAAGCCAACGAGCGCGCUAACCUUCUCCACACCCAGAACACCGCCCUCGCCAACCAGAAGCGAAAGCUCGAGCAGGAGCUCCUCGCUGUCGCUAAUGAAGUCGAGGAAGCUAUCCAGGAAGCCAAGAACGCCGAAGAUAAGGCCAAGAAGUCCAUCCUUGAUGCCUCUAUCAUGGCUGAAGACCUUAAGAAGGAGCAGGAUGCUUCCGCUCAUCUUGAGCGAAUGAAGAAGAACCAGGAAGUCCAGCUCAAGGAACUCCAGGCUCGAUUGGACGAUGCCGAACAAGUUGCUCUCAAGGGUGGUAAGAAGCACGUCCAGAAGCUCGAAGGCCGACUCCGAGAACUCGAAUCCGAGCUCGACAACGAACGACGACGAGGUGUUGAGUCUCAGAAGGCUGUCCGAAAGAUGGAGCGAAAGGUCAAGGAGACCGUCUACGCCGGUGAGGAGGAUAAAAAGAACCUUUCUCGACUCCAGGACCAGGCCGAUAAGCUCCAGCUCAAGGUCAAGCAGUUCAAGCGAAUGGCCGAGGAGCAGGAAGAAGCCGCCACUCAGAACAUGUCCCGAUACCGAAAGCUCCAGCACGAGCUCGACGAGGCUGAAGAGCGAGCUGAUAUGGCCGAGUCUACUCUUUCCAAGAUGCGAUCUAAGACCUCUGGUUACUAA